GAGAGAGAGAGUGUGAGAGGAGGGACGGAGGAGAGGGAGCACAGUCGAGAUUAGCAACCAGCGUGUGCUCGUCUCGCACUGGGUUGGUGGUGAUCGGGGGCUGGGGGGGGGGAUUCCUGUGGUGCGGUGGCAUAGGCACGAUCCUUGGCGCGUGUUAACGAUCAGGAGAGAACAUGCUCAGCCCACCUACCCAUUAAACAGCUGAUGCAGCCACUGGUGAUGUCACCACGGUGGUGGGCGUGGCUGCUGAGGCUUGGCAGUGUCGGAACUCCCCCGCAGACUUGCGUAAUGAGUGCGAGUCCUCUCGGUUUUCAUAUCGCAGAGGAUAAUUGGGAGAGAGAGCGAGAGGAAGGCCGUUUCAAGCGCUGCAGCAGUGGCCCUGGGAACGGAGGUUGGAGAUGAACCGCGAGAGCCUGAGGUUUCGAUAAACCGCCGAAUGCACGUGGCUCCUGCGCAUCAUGGAAGACGCCCAUAAGACGUGUGCGGCGGAGAGUCCGGCGCCCGGGCGCGCGGCUUCGGCACACGCCGCCGGGCCCAUGGAGGAAGGGAAGGGGCAAGCGUCCAACUUCACCCUCACGGCGGCCACACCUGAGCAGGAGAGCAGCGGGUCGGACUCCACCGACGGGAGGUGGGCCGUCGACCCGAAGAGGAAAAGCUACGACGCGGUUCUCUUUGAUGUCCUCAAAGUGGCCCCUGAAGAGCUCGCCAGCCAGAUAACACUCAUGGAUGCUCCAGUGUUCAAGUCCAUCCAGCCGGAGGAGCUCUCGAGCUGUGGGUGGAACCGCAAGGAGAAGCACAGCCUGGCGCCCAACGUGGUAGCGUUCACUCGCCGCUUCAACCACGUCAGUUUCUGGGUAAUUCGAGAAAUACUUGAAGCACAAACUCUCAAAAUCAGAGCUGAAAUUUUGAGCCACUUCAUCAAGAUUGCCAAAAAACUUUACGAGCUAAAUAACCUCCACGCCCUCAUGGCAGUCAUCUCCGGCCUCCUCAGCGCUCCCAUCUUCCGCCUCAGUAAAACGUGGGCGUGCCUGAGCCGAAGGGACAAGGCGACCUUCGAUAAGCUCGACUACCUGAUGUCAAAAGAGGACAACCACGCGCGAUUGAGAGAGUACAUCCAGAGCCUCAAGAUGACCCCCUGCAUCCCCUACCUGGGCAUAUACCUGUCUGACGUCGUGUACAUUGACUCUGCCCAUCCGGCAUCUGGCAGCAUCCUGGAGAGCGAAAAGAGGUCUCUGCACAUGAACAACAUCCUCAGGGUCAUCUCCGACUUCCAACAGUUCUGUCAAUAUGAUUUCCUACCAAUGCUACUCCAUGUCCAAAAGUACCUUCAGUCUGUGCAGUACAUUGAGGAACUGCAGAAGUUUGUAGAAGAUGACAACUACAAGCAAUCGCUCAGAAUAGAGCCUGCGAGUAGCACGCCGCAGCUAGCCAUGUCGAAGGAGGACCUUACAGGGCCCUCCGACUUGUCGUCAUCCCCGCGCGUCGGCAGGAGACCCACGGCCCCCGAGGCGCUCUCCUUCCACAGUCCGGGAGCCACGCCACCCCUCGCGCGCCACACCCCGCCGUGCUGCCACCGCAAGAGCCGCAGCCUGGGCAGCAGUUUCGUGGGCCCGCAGUCAGGCACGGAGUCCAAGAGCAUGACCCUGCCAGCCGUGCGGCCGCGCCACCUGCUGGACGACAGCGUCAUCGAGAGCAGCAGCCCCCUGCGCACGGCUACCGACGCCUCGUUCCUCUCCAGUGGUCUCUCCAUCGGCAGUAGUGAAGGGUCUGAGCUGAGUGAGGAGCUCAGCUAUGCUGGAUUUGACAGUACACUGCCCCUGCCACCCCACGUGGGGCAAAUGACAAAGUAUGCGACAUGGAGCGCAGGACACAGGAGCAGAUGUGCCAGAGUGCAUUUCAUCAGCAGCUCCCUGGAUUUGGAUGACUCACCGCUGCCUCCUCCGAGCAGCCUGGUCAACUUGGAAGGAGCACUGAAGCGCAGGACCAUCUUGAAGGAAGGACGGAGACCGACCAUGUCUCCAUGGACAAGAUACUGGAUCUCUUUGUGCGGAGCAGAUCUAUACUUUUAUUCGGCAAAGUCCAUGAAGGUUGCGGACAGAAAGCAUUUUAAGUCGCGUCCAUCUAAGAAGGUCCACAUUGCUGGCUGGAUGGUGGUUAGAGCUGCUGAUCCUGAUCAUUCAACUGUGUUUCAACUCACAGACCCCGAAAGAGGCAAUGUGUACAAGUUUCAAGCUGUGUCAGAUGUCAAUGCCAGCCUUUGGGUCAAACAUUUAGAUAAAGCCUGUAAAAGCAACAUAGCCCAGCCACCAGACAACUUGAUGACUUUUGAAUAAUGGUUAUGGACAAGCAACAAGAUUCAACAAUGUGCAAGGCACAUGGCACUUCUGCUUUGAAAAUGCUUAGUUUAAAUGUUGGCACAUGUUAACCUGUGGGUUUAUAUGUUCCAUCCAAAGAGAACUGAUUUUCUUGGCGCAAAGCAUUUGACAUCGAAUUCACCUCUGCGCUGGCUAGAUAAUGAAUUUGAGUGGCUUUUAUACCAUGCAAAUGAAGAUCACUUGAUCCGAGCAUUCAAAUGAAGCGAGACUCGAUGGCUUUCAAAGUUCGUGAAAUGGAUAGAAAAUGAGCCUGAAGACUUGACCACAGUUGCAGUUUCUGCAGCGAAUGAACUGAUUUACAUAACUGGCGCUGUGUUACAAAUGCAAGAUGACAACAUGCCGUUUAGUACGACUGUCCAAACUCUAUGUGCUUUUUAAAGGACCCCCCCCCCCCCAUAUGCAUUUACAUUGAAAUGUUUUAACGUGGUAUAUUUUAACGGAAAUAUAAUUGACGAUAUUUUCCAUUUUCACGGUAUUUUUUUGUAUAUCUAAAACAGUGUUACAGCAUGAUAUUUAUGGGCACUAUGAAGUUGUGUGUUAAAGUAUUGUAAGGUUGGUGUCCAAGCACUUACCGUUUUCACGUUAUGUUUACAAUAAGAGAAACAUGUCAUUGUAUAAUGUACUGUAUUCGCUCUACAUAUACAUCAUAUAUGUAACGUUUAAUGUUAUGUUUUAAUGUUAGCUUUUGUGUAACAGGUUCUUGUUCAAGCUUAAUUUUAAGCAAUGGAAUACCUUUCCAUACAUAUCAACUAUUUGUUAAGCUUGUCAAUUUUUACGAGUGUUUUUUUACUAAGAUACUGCAUGCCAAAAUGAUUUUCGCAUUUUUAUUUUUAAACGACUGCAAAGUGGGAAUAAGCGAAUGUUAUUUUAAACUACACACUUAUAAUACACACAAGACAAAACCGAUGGUGUAUUAGAGUAAUGCGAUUUUACUUCAUUUGUUAGUAAAUAUUUUUUAAGUAAUGUACGUUUCAUUUGCAGUAGCAUUUUUAAAUGCUUCUUGUUAAACAAGAAUGGACUGAAUUAUUUCGGAAAUUUAGUUGUAAUAAAUGCUAAAGACUGCACUUUGCUUUUUGUUGAAUGAUUGGCGUAAACUAACACUCAACUCUUUUGAGUUAUCACCACUUUGAGUUAUCACCACUUUCAGCACCUUUGAGUUGGUGAUCUAGACAAGGCUGAGGGAAUUUUACAUGCAAUACGGUCAACAUGACCUGCAUGCAAGGCAUGAUGGGACUCGGGCCUACCUGCGAUUUGAGCACAGCUGUGUGUGUGUUAAGUAUGUUUUUCGCCUGCCUGAAUUUUCCUGUUUUCAUGGGUUUAAAAUUCAAACAUUUCCAACUCAGCUUUUAUUAUUCAUUACAGUAAAUAUCCUACCCAUUAUGGGCCGCAAAAAUUGGUAAUAAAAAUAAAUAAUCAUUUAACACUUGAGCUUACUAUUGCAAACUACAUCUAGCUACAGCCGUGAAGGGAUGGCCACUACUUUAAAUGUUUAAAAUGGGAAAAUGAGCAAUUGUGAUUUCAACCAGCAGGGGAUGCUGUUUUGUUAAUUUAAACCCGUAAUUGUUUCAAGCAAAUUGUAUUUGGGGACUUAAAAAGUUGGUAAAAUUAUCUCAGUAUUUUGUGGUAAAGGGAAUUCAUGCAUGGGUCCCUCUGACAAUGGUUUCAUGCUCAAAUGCACAUGGGCUGGCGUUCAACUCAAAUUUUAAAUCAAUGGUGUAAAUCCAAAGUCCUAUGGAACGGGCGAAUCAUUCCACAUUGCACUGCACGCAAUGUUAACGAUUUUAUCGACACACCAAAGCCGCAUCAACAUUCACCCGUGAGAUGUAUGAUCUUAGUCACACUGACAUGCAGCCACAAAAAAGUUACAUAAAGCUUGUACUUUCAGACAAGAAACGCCUAAACUUUGCAGAUGCUAUACUCUUGGGUCUUUCGGUAAAGUCACGUAGAUAGGUUCAAAGAAAAUAACAAAAACAAUAAAAAACUACGACGUUUCGAUCGCAACACAAGCAAUCGUCAUCAGGAGAAAAAAGAGAACAGUCCAAAAAAGAGCAAUUUUUGUUAUCUUGAUUGCUUAUGUUGCGAUUGAAAAGUCGUAGUUUUUUUGUUAUUUUCUUUGAACCUAUUAUCUACGUGACUUACCGAAAGACUCAAUAAUUUGAAUUCCUGCAGUCACGAAAGCUUUAAGUCAAGAUUUGCAGAUGCUUUUCAAUUUUUUUGUAAUUUACCCCCAAAUUAUAUUCCUAUUUUGCUAUCCUGUGUCACGUUACGAGACGAAGAAUCCUUUCAAGAUCUCGUGCAGAUCAGUGCAAGCUAUCGUAUUGUGAACGACCCACAGAAGUGGAUAUAAACGGAGAUCAUUUCAAGGGACCUAUGAUCCACACACAGUGGAGGGCAGUACUACGUGAGGUUUGUCGUGACGGUAAGACUAAUAUUUGAUCUCUCAGCUGGAAUUUGUAAGUGCAGGAGCAUAUUUGAUUCGACCACAAUUUGGUGACCGGAGCGAGACCAACUCGCACGCUUGAGGAUCCGGUUCAAUAGAACAGCUGCCUGGAUCCGAACCCAGAGGCCCCAGGGGUUCCAGCCCUGGAACCCCUGGGGGCUCUGGAACCCCUGGCCAACUCAACCGUGCUGUGAUGAUUAAUAAUACACUUGUAUUGAGGGGUCUCGUGUCAGUGUGCCGUAUAAGGUCAACAAAAGAAUCGAACGGGUCAGUCAGCGAUGGGUACGUGCGUCGGAGAACAGUCCAAUAAACCCUGGACGUGUAGGAAUGUCCAGAUACCACAAGCAAAGUCAACCAGUUGAGGGUUGUACAGCCUUUGCGCUGAUGCAUCUUCCCUUGCGAUACACUGAGGAGUUUAUUUAAGCGUUCAAGUCAUUGCGGCAGAUGUGCUGCCAUGACUCCCCGUCUUGCUUUACAUCUUUCCCAUGAGUCUGUGUCAAUGGAACAGACCUGGAGGCGCCUUUUAAAGUGUGUCUUUGUCCUGGAUGAGUGGGCCUGCAUCUUGUUUCAAGCUUUUCACUUUAUUUAGUGUGCGUGUGAGAGCGGGAUUCGUCGAGUGGCAGCUCACAUAAUUAGGAAACGCUGGUGGGGUCAUUAGCUUCCCUUGGGGGGGGGGGCCCUUCGGUACUGACAAGGGGCGAGACGGUUACGUUGAAUCCAUUGCUCCCCAGUAAUACACUAAUAAUCCUUAACCAAUCACUUCUACAUUUCUGACUGCAGGUGGCAGCUGUCAUCCACGCAACUUCUUAACCAUGUUACUGUGAAGGCCUAAAUCUGUAUCGAGUUCCACGUUACUUCUCUCACUAAAAA